GGAGGGACACGGGAGGAGGAGCAGCAACAGGAACAGGAGGAGCGGCAGGAACAGGAGCAGCGUUUUUGGCACCACGCGCUUCCCCCGCCCGCCCGCUCAGCCGCAGCUCCCCCGGCUCCGGCACCAGCGGCGCCCCCGAGAAGCCGCAGCAGCAUUUCCCAAACCCCGGCACCGAGGAGGAGGAGGAGGCCGUGAGGAAGAGGAGGAGGAUGGCGCUGGAGGCGCAUGAAAGAGCCAGCCCGGGCCGGGGAGGCGGCCGCAGCUCGGAGCUGGGGCUCCAAGAGCAGCUUCACGAUGGGGAGAAGCCCCACAAGUGCUCGGAAUGUGGGAAGGGGUUCAGGUGGAGAUCGCAGCUGAUCCAACACCGGAGAAUGCACACCGGGGAACGGCCCUACGAGUGUGAGGAGUGUGGGAAGAGAUUCAGCCAGAGCUCACACCUGAACACACACCAGAGAAUCCACACCCCGGAGAGACCCUAUGAGUGUGAGGAGUGUGGGAUGAGAUUCACAUUGGUCUCCAGCCUGAACAAACACCAGAGAAUCCACACGGGGCAACAGCCCUACAAGUGUGGGGAGUGUGGAAAAAGAUUCAGCCAGAGCUCAAACCUUAAAAAACACCAGAGAAUGCACACUGGGGAGAGACCCUACGAGUGUGAGGAGUGUGGGAUGAGAUUCACAGCGAGCUCAAACCUUAAAAAACACCAGAUGAGCCACACGGGGGAGAGGCCCUACGAGUGUGGGGAAUGUGGAAAGAGCUUCACAGAUGGCGCAAGCCUGAUUGUCCAUCAGAGAAUCCACACCGGGGAGAAGCCCUACAAGUGUGAUAAAUGCAGGAAGAGGUUUCUCAGGAGAUCGGAUCUCGUCAGGCACUGUCGCAUUCACAGGGAUGAGAGACCUUAUGAGUGCCACGAAUGUGGGAAGGGAUUCAAGCGAAACUCACACCUCAUCCAACACCACAGAAUCCACACCGGGGAGAGGCCCUACGAGUGUCCCGAGUGUGGGAAGAGCUUCUCACAGAGCUCUCAAGUGACCCAACACAAACAGAGGCACCACUGAGGGAAGCCCUGCGACUGCCCCGAGCGCGGGAAGAGCUUCGUGCGCUGCUCCGGCUCCAUCCCCCAUGGCAGGAUCCGCGCUGGAUGAUCCCCAGUGAGCCCCGGUGGGCAGA